AUGGAAUUUUAUAGUGAAACCACAACAGGGCCAAAUUGGCUUGAUCUUCCCAAAGAUUUGACAGCAAACAUCCUUAAGAGGCUCGGUACUUUUGAAAUUUUAGCCAGUGCAUCCAGAGUUUGCCCAUUAUGGUGGAACAUUUGCAAGGAUCCUCUCAUGUGGCGCACUAUUCACAUGCCUCACGUCCGUAAUUAUAAGUAUUUGGACAACAUUUGUUGCAUUGCUGUUGAACGAAGUUGUGGUCAACUCGAAGACAUUGAUAUUGAGCGUUUUGCCACCGAUAAUCUCCUUGAAUGCAUAGCUAACAAUGGCAGUCACCUUCUUUCCUUACGGAUGGUAGAUUGCUGGGACAUUUCAAAUAAAGGAUUCCGUGAAGCUGUGAGUAAGCUUUCGCAGUUAGAGAUGGUUGACAUUUCACUUUCCUUUGUAACUGGGGGUUCCCUUGAGGUCCUUGGUCGAUCUUGCCCUCUUUUGAAAUCGCUUAAAUUUCAUUUAAAUAGGGGGUUAGUUUUUUCCAAGUCUGAUGCUACUGCGUUUAUUAUUGCUGAAACUAUGCCUGCCUUAUGUCAUCUUGAUAUCAAAAGACAUGUGCUCUCUAAUGUUGGUUUACUUGCCAUUCUUGAUAAAUGUCAUCUUCUUAAAUCUCUUGACAUUCGGAGAUGUCCAUAUCUAGAAUUGAAUGAUAGCUUGGAGAAAAGAUUUGCCGAUCAGAUCAAAGAUUUGAAACGUCCAGAUGAUGAACUUGAGUCUUAUUGGUUCUAUGAGACAUCAGAUGAUGAAUAGGACGAAUACUAUAGUUUUUGGCCUUAUGGAGAAAUGUAGAAGCCUAGGAGUUGAUGUAAUAAGAGACUAGAGUAGGCAAUCCCAGCCCUUAUCAUU